AUGGCGGUUCCAAAUAAGAACCAAUUCAUGCACCAUCCGAAGGAUCAUGGUGCUAUCGGUCCUUUCCUACCAGCACUUCCAACACCGUUGUCUUAUUGUGGGUUACUGGCAUUUGUGAAGCAGUCAAGGCAUCCCGAGUCAGCUAGGCAUGCUUUCUACGUCUGUCAACUUAAGCAUCGACCCCCGACACUUGAUGCCUACCUAGAGGGAUGUAGCUUCUAUCAAUGGAUCGAUGGCGAUGAAAUGUUCGAUCCAUCGAUUAUGUUCUUUCCUUCUGACCCCUGGAAGAGCGUUCCAUAUUUAGAAUUUGUUCGUUGGGUUUUGCCGCCACCAAACCUUCCGAAAAUAACAGAGGCAGAGAAGAGAGGGUUCCCAUCUUGUGACUUUGAGGAGUACAACUAUGGACCCAAAUCGAACUGGCCUUCUGAGUAUGAAAUUGCGGAGUUUGAAGCAGGCAUUAAGCCAUGGCCAGGCACAAAGUGCAAGUGUGGCGUCAAGGCUCGUGAAGGAGUUGUUCCGUCUGAGCUAGGAUAUGGUUACUACUAUGGCAAUGCUUAUGGAGGGCCAUCUUAG